AUGACUUAUCCCGACCAGCGUACCGACGAUGAGUGGCGAGCGGUGCUCAGCAAGGGCACCGAGCCCCCGGGAUCCGGCAAAUUCGACAAGCACUACCCUGAAGAAGGACUAUACACGUGCGCCGGAUGCGCCGCGCCGCUGUACAAGGCAAGUCACAAGUUCAGCUCCGGGUGCGGGUGGCCGGCCUACUUUGACAGCAUUCCCGGGGCUGUUACCAGGCACGAGGACCGCACUCUGGGCAUGACUCGAACCGAGAUCACUUGCUCCAACUGCGGUGGCCACCUGGGCCACGUCUUCAAGGGGGAAGGGUUUCCUACGCCGACUGAUGAGAGGCACUGUGUCAACAGUGUUAGCCUCAACUUUUCGCUCGACGAGAAGAAGGCAUGA